UAUCAAGCAAUUCGGAAAUACUGCCAUGGUGUACUUUCGUUUCCAUCAACACUCUUCAUCGUACUACAAGACCAACAAGUGCGCGUCCAACACAUUACAAUAUGUACCAUCUCACCCCACACACAUACCAUCUCACACACCCAUGACCCUCUAUCUACCUAUGUCGGGAUAACAACACCACCAACCCAAGAAAGCCAACCUACACUCCCACACCCAAGCCACACGUCUACACUCAACCUAAACCACACACCUCAGAUUAUCCCGCAUCGGAAGCACCACACCAAAUUAUGGGGUCAGCCGGUGCAACGUACAUCCCGUCGUACGUCAUGCCACUGUGGCAAUCUCCGGAUCAUCACACCCCGCAUUACGAACUACGAAGGAUCGUUAAGCUUCAGCGAACCUUCUAUCUUUUUCAUCAAAUAUGUUUCUUGCAUACAGCCUUGA